AUGUCAUUUAUUGUGCUUUGCUCUCAUAGCUGUCCUUGUGAACUAAGAGUUGCAUUCAUUGCUUUCUCUGCAUCAGCAGAAAAGACUUUUAUCUGUGCAAUAAGACUUCACUUCCCUCUCUUCACCCUUGCAUCCACUCAAAAUCUGCUCCAGAGUUUGGGGGGAUGUGGGGACUGUGGGAGACGAGAGAAGAAUGUGAAGUUCUGUUAUGUGAGCAGAAGUCCAUUUGUGCAGUGUUGGAUUCCACCCCAAGUCUCUCAUACUUUCAUAGAGAUCCAUGUAUUGAACCGCACCAGCUCUUGUGCCUACAUUCAUAAGUCCAUAAGUGACUUCCACCCCCACUGUGGUGUUUUACCAUAUUCUCCGCAUUCUCUUCCUUCAGCCGUUAUUUUCCAUUGGCUUCUGAUUCUGACCCAUCCGAAAAGAUAG